AAGUUGAAAGGGCUCAGCCAGCUCCAAAACCCAAACCCAGCAAGACACAGAACACUGCAGUGGAAACUAGGGUGCAAACUAGACCAAAACUCAGGUCGUCAAUGGUGGUAGUAGCAAAGGAAGUUGAAGUUGAAAAGGUUGUGAGUCUGCAAGUUAGCAAUGAGGUUUCUGCUCUCACAGAGGGUACAAGCAUUAAAAAGAGUGAGGCGCAAGCACAUAGUAGUCCACUAAGACACAAAAUAAUUCCCCAAAAGGAUGGAGAACCAAGCAAAUUGGCUCCAUCUGAGGGAGAACCAAGCAAAUUUACUUCCCUGAAGAAUUCAGAGGAACCAACUUUGCUGAAGAAGCCAGAGGCACCAACUUCAAUGGAUAACAAAAUUCUAUCUUCCAUCAGCAGUGCUUCAGACAAACCUGGGCGAAUGCCAUUGAGGAGUGAGAGUAGUAAAACUGAAGUGGCCAGCCAGUCCAUUACCCCGUCGGUGGAGAACAGAAAGUCCGCUUUGAGAGUCCAGAGGUCACCCACGUCCUCAACCAGUGCUCCAAUCACAGCUGAGAAAAGGAGUGGAGUGGCAUCUCCCAUGAGGCUGAAAUCCCCAGUGAGACUCUCAUCACCCAUCAAGGUCAAACCUGAGAGGACAAUCAAGUCUCCACUAAGGGAUUCUCCUUUGCUGGUCAGUUCUCCUCUGCCCUCCAGCUUAGUCACUCCUUUCCUCUUGCCCAAACUGGAGGCCCCAGUACAGUCUCGACACAAGUUCCUGGAAUUACUAGACAUAGAGGAAAACCAACAGAAAAUAUCUACUCUCAACACCAGGUUCGAUAAGAUGCAUAGAGGCUGGGUCCAGAUAGACAAAGAGGGACAACCAACGCCCAGACACAAGAACAAGGCAGACAGACAGGCAGCGAUAUGGAAGAGCAAGCGCCGGGUUCGCAAGCCCAAGUCUUCGGAUCACCAGAGGUACUCCCUUGUCCAGAUGCUUUUCAAGAAUGAUUUGGACCUAGCCAGUAUCUGCCGCUGGUACAUGGAGUCAACAGAAACCCAAUCAAUGGUCAUCGUAAAGAAGGUGAACACACGUCUUCCCUCUGAGACCCAGCUGCUCUUCCCCGGUAUGUCCCAAGGGCUGUCCAAAGGGGUCUUCCCUAGCCUGCAGGCCGAGCGCUUGAAGAAACACUUGAAGAAGUUUGCCAUCGCUUCCCCUGUGAAGAGCAACCCUAAGAGCCAGAAGCUGAUUGCUAAAGCCCUGGAGCAGGAGGUCAGUACAAGUACGCCCAAAGGGAAGGAGAAGAGAGAGCUGACCACGGCCACCCGGAUCUCCACCAAAGCCUAUCUCUCCUCUGCAGAGGCACAGGCAACCGACGGCCAGAAGGCCUCAGCGAAGGCCAAGAACCCAGCCAGUGCUCGGAUCCUGCGGAAGUACUCCAAUAUACGUGAGAAGAUGCAAGGUCAACAAAGCUCCAAGAAGCCAAAAGGGGCCCCAAGAAAAGAGCUCAAAGCUUCCAAAGUCAAACCCUCUAAAGCCCCAAAGACGAAAUUGGCAAAACCAACUAAAUUGAAACCGGCCGCUGCCCAGAGGCAGAAAUUAUCUGUUUCUGGAGAUAAAGGUGUGAAGGAGCCAAGUGUAGUCAAAACAGAGCGAGCGCAGUCAUCUCCUAGUAGAAAGACUCCAGCAAAAGCUGCUGUCCAGGAGAGAUCAGUCAAGACUAGCAGCAGCAGUAGAACCUUAAGAGAUCUCAGUAGGAAAGGGAGUGCAUCACCACAGAGGUCUACCCAAAGAGCGAUGACACCAAAAGCACAGAAAAACACCCUUGCUCCUUCCAUCACCCUUAAAACUGAAUCAAACAAACAGCAGGUUGGAGCAGAGAAGGCAGAGGUGGAAAAGAGACACUCUGAAAGUAGAGUAUCUGAGACUAAAGGCGCUGAAAGUAAAGGUGCUGAGAGCAAAGGUGCUGAAAUUGAGGUUGAGUCUCAACAGAACAUGGAUGUCAAAACGCCAGGCUCUCCUGACCAGGUACUCACAAGGUCACAAAGGAAGAUGGAGGCCACUCCAUCCCCCUCAAUCUCUCAGAGUGCAAACUCUAAGCCUGCCACAAAGAGAUCAAAUGAACCAGCUCAGAGUGAGACUCCAAAGGCUGCCACAAAGAGAAGCCAGGAGAGCACACAGAAUCCAGCCAAGCGGACCAGGAAGAAAUAGCUAGAAAUAGCUACAGUAGUGUGCAGAAAGAAUGUAACAGCCAAGCUGGUUAUAUUAAGGGGGGGAGCUUGGCAAUGCCAACACUUUAGAUAAGCUUCAAAGGCAAAAUGCAAAUGGUGACGGGAAGAUAUUUAAAGUCUAGUGUGUUUGCUGUGUUUUCUGAGAGGGUUCCGAUCAGACCAGUGUUGUUAUACAGAGGCAAAACUCCAUCUGGCCUCUGCUUUGGUAUUGUGUAAUUCUCGCUAACUGGGCUGGAGAUUAUUUUAUAAGGGUAUAUCUGCAUUGGAAACAUGUCAGACAUUUUUGGUUUGAUGCUAGGUUUAUUAGUUAUUCAGACGACAACAUACCAUGUCCUCAACCUUUUUGUUUGGCCUAGUGUUUUGUAAUGAUCACAGAACUCUCUAUUCCACGCUUUCAUUUUUUUUGUGAGGUUUAGUAAUAAUGGCAUGAAAACAUCAGUACCAUGUUGCUAAAAACAAAUAUUGAUUUUCUCUGACUGCAGCACAGCAUGGCAAGCCAAUCGUUCAAUUUAAAUUAGCCCAGGUUUCACUUGAACAUCACUCUUAGAUCUGUAGCCUAUAUUCAUCAAUGUCUCCAGCCCAUCUCGUGAUCAAAGAGUUGUGCGAGUGUGUGUGACUUUUUGUGAUCAGGUGCCUUAUUCAUCAGAUGUAAAGUAAUGUGUUGCUAACAGGUGAAGCCUCUUAUCUGGCCAUUGCACAGACAUGUACUGUAGGAGGAGAAAGGGAGUGUUCUAGAUAUGGAUUUGGUGCAGUUCUGCACACAUUGUGUCAUGUUGACGUGGUCCUUCAGAACUCUUCUCCAGGUUAUUGUAUAGAGCUGGUCAUUGGUGCCGACCUGCACGUCUGUGUAUCUUCAUGCACAUCUGUGUAUCUUCAUGCACAACUUCCCUCCAUGUGUUCAGUCCCACAUGUUCCCUAUUCUCCUCUGUCUUCCUGCUAUAAACCCACUCUGCUUCUCAUCAUGUACUGUUUAUUUUGAAUGUGUAAAGAAGCAUCAUGGUUUAUUAUUCUGAGUUAUCUUUUACGUGUCUUUGUUUCGUUUUAGAUUCUGGGGUUAUUUCUGUUCCUGAGCAGUAGCCUUAUAACUGUUGUUAUCGUAGCUGUGUUUAACUUUCAAAAACUGUCCGAGUUGUGUUUUGAAAUUUAACAAGUUAUUUUUCUUUGCAAUGCAUGUGAGAUAUUAACACCUGCCUCACUUGUAUCUCUGAUCCUGUCCCUUAUAUUCUCUGAUUCUCGUUAGUUUAAUGGUGACGUUUUCCCUCUGGUGUGAUCAUUACAUGCUGUUGCAUGUGCUUUAGCUACCUGUAGGGUUUACAUUUAAAUGCUUGUUUCUCGUCUUUCACCUGUGCAACAACAGCCCACUCUUGAAGUGCAGUAUUCACCUCAACUAUUUGUUAUUAAACAUGUAUUUGUUUGUUCUUUUUGAAAACGAGCUUUUGUUGCGGAAACUUCUUUAACUAAGACUAUGCAUGCAUGUUACCUUUCCUCUCUGGGUCUUGUACUGAAUGAGCAUUAAUGACAGUUUUCACCUGUUUUGGAAGGGGGUCACUUUAAGGUCUGCUGUUUGAGAGCAGAUACCAGGGAAUGAUGCUACAGUACAUAGAGCCACAGGUUAUAUCUAAUUUUAGAUGCGUAUGUUUUGCCCAUACUUUGUGAGCUUGUACGGUAGGGUGUGUUUGCCUGUUAUUUGGACUAUAUUGCUGUAUACUGACCCCUGGUGACCAUAUAUGAAAAUUGUUGGAGAAAAAAAGUGUUUGUAAAUGAUCAGUCUGUACUAUAUCCCAAUGUUACAGAAAUAACCUGUCUGGCAUGUUUUAUUUUUGUGUAUUUUAUUUCUCAGAUUGUUAUUUUGUUUCAGGAAGACGUUUUCUUGAUGCUUCCAUACUUCAGCAAUAGCCUGACCUCUGUUUUGUGUCAUAAGAAAGAAGACAUUUUAGGACAGUGUUAUUUUUAUUAUGGUUAUUUCACUUUAAAAGUAAUAAUUUGUAAAUGCAAAAAGGUAUAAUUCAUGUUUUAUAUUGUUAUUUAAAAAAAACUCUAGAUAAAUGCAUACAGUAGAUCUACAUGAAGCAGUCCACCAAAUAUCAAACUUGAACAUGUUUUAUUCUUUACUGUGGAUAUUUAUAGCUUGGGAUUCUGUAUAUUGGAAAAUAAAUAACUGAUGUAUUUGUGUUAAUCCCAAUAAUGAGACAUAUUUUAAGUUAGUGACUUUGUAUUCUUGCUGGAGUUGAUAUAAAGAUGUUUGAAUUGUA